AUGAGCAAUCGUAGGUUUAAACCAAUCCAGUCACGUAUCAACUUAAAUAUCCCUCUAACCUCUCGGAAUAAUAAUUCUCUGACAAGGAAAACCUUGGAUUCAAGAAGUUUGUCAAAGAAUAAGGUGAAAUUAAGGUCAAGUUUUGCCCAAGGUGCUUCGAUCCCUAGAAGAAAGAGACCGCAUAGGAUUCCGGAGAUAAUUUUCAGUUCCUCAAAUCAUCCGUUUACAGUGAAUUCCUCGCUGAAUUCAUCUAUUGAGGAUCCUCUCAGUGUUGAGUUUUACUCAAAGCAAGAGAAUAGGAUAAAUUCCAACUUUGGAGAUAUGAGCAACAUUUUAUGAGCCAAAUCAGAGAUCAAUAUGUUGAAGAAAGAAAUUGAACGAAAAGAUAGGGAAAUUAAGGAGAGCAUCAGCGUGAGUCUUGAAGAUCUGAAAAUUGAUAAUGCCCUGUUGAGAAAAGAAAUAGAGAGAAUGAGUAGAUAUCUGAAUCUGAGUAAAUAUAAUCACCAAAUGGAUCAUUCGGAUAAUGAAAAACAAGAAGUUGAAGUUAAUCAUACUAACCCAAAUAUCAACUGGGAACAACCGUUGAAUACUGGACGUCGAAAGCUGAAACCAUUUUCCCCGGGUGGCUUGACUCCUAGGAGCAAGCCAGUAAUAGUCUCAAACAAGAAACCAAAAAUGAUAAAUCAAGGAACAGAUCCAAUAAGUAUUCUGAAGAAGGUUCACUUUGAUAAGCAAGCAAAGCCUGAGUUUAAGUUUUCCAACCCAAAUAAGGAACUCCAAAACGCUAAAAAGAAGAUAAAGCAACAGGAAGAGAUCAUUAAAAAGCAAAAAGACAAAAUAGCUCAACUUGAGACUGAAUUGUUAGACAAACAAGUGACUAUUAAAGACCAAGAAGAUCAGAUCAAUGAGCAAGUCCAGCAGAACUCUAUAGACAACAAGAUUAAAGAUGAUAUUGAAAUAGGACACAUAGUGCCAAGACUUAGGCUCUGUCUACAAGUGUUUGAGAAUAACCUUCAUGAGUAUUUAUUCCAGUCGAAGACCACUAUGACCAAAAGUGAGUUUUUAGCAACUCUCUUAGAGAAACUUAACAUUGAGAAGGUAGAUGACGCUCUGAUUUUGGCAAAUUACUUCAUCCCUCAAGACUCUGCACAGAUCCAGACCUGGAAAGUCCUUGAGAAAAUCAUUGAAAUCGCAGGAGAAUACAGAAGUUUCAAAGAUUCUGACUUCGUUAAGCUCAAGAACACUUUUGAAAGUGCUGAUCCAAAGAAAAGAGAGCUGUUUCUAAACAGACUGAAUAUUUUAAUCAGAAAUGGAAAAUCCGAUCAUGUCACAUGUAAAAAUUUCACUCUGUUCUGACAAGCUGCAGACCUUGAUUUUGAUAGGAGAGCUUUGUUCGUAAUCCUGCUUAGGAAAUCCCAAUCAAUCAGUGUUAUUACCCUCUUUGCUCUCAGAGAAGUUAUGUACGAAUACUUUGGAUAUGGAGACAAGCCUGAUAAAGAUACAGGUUCUAAAGAGAAAGACUCUGGAGAGCUUCAAUCCCAGAUCAGCUUUGCCAACAAUAUUAAACAGAUAAUGGUCACUUAUAAAGUAGCACAGGUUUUCAAGAAGAGGCAGAAAAACGCAAAGAAGCCUAUUAAGAAAAAGAAGGCUCUAAAAUUGAGAUCCAAGACCUCUCUAGGCAAAAAUUUAUCGAAGACUAAGUUCUCUCGGGAUGAUAUAUGUGACAAGGUCCAGAAUUUCAUGAAGAGAGAAACCCAUUAUGACAAAACAGAUGAGUUGAUCCAGAAAAGUGAUAUUGAGGAAACUAAGAAAGAGGAAAAUAUUUGUCCUGAUGAAUCAAUCUGUAUCAAAAACUUCUUUUCCAAAAUUGCAAGCUAUUGAUUUACUCAUAACACAAGAGGGUUUAAGAAGGAUAGCCAGACCUACAACACUAAGUUUGUGGGCAAUUCGAUUGAUGACCUAGGACUCACAGACCUUCUGAAUGAUAAAAUUUAUGAUGUUACACUUGAAGGAGUCGAGCAUCAAGUCAUUGCUCCAGAUGAAUUCUUCGGUACUUUAGAAAAUAUUGGCAUCAAGCCAGACAAUGAACAAGAUUACGCGACUAUUGAAAGAGUUUUAAAGCUUACAAGCUCUGAUUUUAGAUGGUACUUUGUGGACAAUCUGAUAGAACUACUGCAAACGUUUGGUGCCAGAGAGCAUAAACCUGAUGAUACUAACUUCAUUAAGUACUCUAUCCUUAAAGGUAGAGACAUCAGGAUCAUUAACCGCUUCAUUCAUAUUUGUAAAAGAGAAAAUAUUACAAACAUUAGGAGGAUGUUCGGAAACGCCUUGUUUUCACAGAAAGUUAUCAGUACUAAAAACAAGGGCAAAAAGAGGACGAUCGACUUAAUCUACACUGAAAAUUUCUUUGAGAGAUUAAAAGCCCUGAAAGUAACGAAAACAAUUGAACUAGAGGCUAAUCUCAGGAACUUAUUAUGUCUGUCUCCUGAUAAACAGGAGCUGAUAAUGAUUGAUAAGCUAGUUAAAGUAUGCGAAAAUUUCACUCAGUCAAGAUAUUUCCAAAGGUUUGGUCUUGAAAUUCGGAAUCCACCGAGCAUGAAUCUUAGCAUAAACACAUUCCAGACCAAAGAGACUGUGAGGAAAUCGGAACUUCGGAAAUCAAACACGGAUUGCAGCCAUUUCUCCGAAGUUGAUCUCUCCGAUGACGAAAGAAGGAACAAGUGGAAGAAUGUGAUAAUCUAGAG